GAAAAGUAAAAGAUCAAGUCAUAUACUGUAUAGAUUUAUAAGAAAAUAAGAUUAAGAUUGAAAUUUUCUGAUACAAGUGAGUCUAGAGAACCUUUACCAUGUAUGGUUACUGGCGCCAAAGAAGCCUUAGUGAUUCCUGGACAGAAUCGCAGAAUGUCAAUGAAGGAGAGAGCAGCUUGGCUACCACACAAAUGAAUCCACCCAAACGUCGCCAAGUGGAGCAGGGUACCAAUAUAGAUUGCAAAACACCCUCAAUUCCAGGAGCUCCACACCAGAAUUCAUGCCCGUCCCAGAAACCUCCCCAGAUAAGUUCAUAUCAGGAUUCCAGCAAUGAGGAGCUCAUCAUAGUCCUAGAACAAGGGACAGAAGUGAGGUUGAGCCUGGAAGAGGUCAUCCUCAUCUUGGCCCCAGAGACAGCGCUGCAGCUGACCGUGGAGAACACAGUCCUUGUGAUUGUUCGGCAUAUCCUGAGGUCACAAGAUGGCCUGCAGUCCCCUGUGCAGAUCCAGUACAUCAUGCCUUCCGUUGAUGACUUCAGCUUGGAGUGCCAUGCUCAAGAUGGAGACAUCUCAGACAUGAAAGGAGAGAAUGUGCCUCUUUCACCUGCAGAAGAACGGGAGGCAGCACCCCUAUAUCACCAGCCCUUGAUGAUAUCCCCAGCAAACCACAAAGCUGGGAUCAGCCCUUUUCUUCUAGUAACCCCAUUGUGCAUUCCAUGCUGUCUGGCAGCCUUCCCCCAACGCUACCCUCUACCACCCACAUCUAGUCCCGUGGGACACCCUAGACCAGCCAACUCCAGUUUCAGCCUGCAUGGUAUGGAGCUACUGUGCACCUCCUCCCUCAGCCGUAUGCCCCCUUCACCAACUCCUGGUCCCCAGAUCUAUCACAGGGUUCACCAUAGGCCUCCCAGCAGGGCACAGAGAUGUCUCUUUAGGAAGUGAUUUAACCAAGAGUCACCCCCUGCAUUGAUAGGUCAGAGAUUGUCCAAGUCCUUAGUCAGUGCAUUCCCUGAAAUGUGGAGAGAAAGUAAUUCCAAGGA